CCACAACGCAGUGUACUGUCACAUUUCUGUCAAAUCGAUUUUUAUCUGAAGUUCGCUAGCUCACCCCUAGCCCGACGUGCUACUGAUUGCAGUGCAGCCUAAAAUUGGAAAACUCCUUGAAAUGGCAUCGAAAACGAAAACUUUUGUAACUCCUUUAAUUCGUCAUGUUACGAGCAGGGGUUACGCUCAGGCUGCUCCAGCGGCCAGGAAGGAAUCCAAGGUAUCAAGCGCAGUCCUGCCCAACAAAACUUUUGUGGCAGCCUUGGACAACGGGUCCGCAGUAACUCGAGUAACCAUCGCUUUCAAGGCUGGUUCCCGCUAUGAGCCACAGACCGAGCUGGGUGUUGCUCAUGUGCUCCGUUCUGCUGCUGGGCUUAGCACCAAGCAUGCUAACUCUUUCAUUCUGGCACGUAAAUUGGCACAAAUCGGUGCCUCUGUAACAGCAUCUGGGGACCGUGAGUUUGUUUACUACACUCUGGAGACAACCCAGGACAAUUUGAAUGAAGCACUGGAUCUUGUCAACCAAGUGGUAACUGGACAAGAGUUCAGACCUUGGGAGCUUACAGACAAUGAGCCUCGUCUCAAGUUCGACAUUGCAUCCCUGCCACCUCAGAUCCGUGCUGUGGAUCUUCUCCACAAAGCCGCGUACCGCCGUGGCUUGGGCAAUUCUCUUUUCAUCUCACCUAAGAGGAUUGGCAAAAUUUCAUCUGAGUCUCUGCAGCAUUACGCAUGCAACUUGAUGACCUCAAGUCGUUGCGCUGUUGCCGUCGUCGGAGACUCUCAGGAAAGAGCCAACAUGAUUGCACAGAACCUAAACUUGUCUUCUAAUGAUAUUUCUGCACCAGAGGCCAGCAAAUACUAUGGUGGAGACUUGAGGAAAGAAAUGGGUGGUGACCUGGCUCACGUCGCCAUUGCGGUCCAGGGUGCUCCGGCUGGCUCUCCACAGGCUCUUGCCUUAGCCGUUGCUGCUAAAGCUCUUGGCAACGGCCCUGUGACCAAGUGGGGCUCCGACAACUCGCCCUUGGCUAAAGCAAUCGGCAACGUUGGCCCAUUCGCGGCAGCCGGUUUCAACGUGGCCUACUCGGACAGUGGCCUCUUUGGUGUUGUACUCUCUGUUCCUAAGGAUGAGGCCAAUGCUGCAGUCAAGUCCGUAGCUAAUAUCCUGAAGAAACCCAACUUGAAUGCUGCUGCUAUCCAGGCUGGCAAGAGCCAGCUGAAAUUACAGAUCCUGUGUGAGGCUGAUGCAGGUGCAUCCCUAGCUGAGUCUAUGGCUGCACAAGGUUUCUACACCGGAUCUGUCAAGACACCUGCUGACAUUGCCAAGCAAAUUGAUGCCCUCUCACCCAAUGAUGUUUCACAGGCUCUGUCCAGUGCCGCCGCAAACAAACUUUCCAUGGGUGCUGCAGGAAACCUAGCAUUUGUUCCCUACACCGAUGAAUUAUAAAUUACAUAAUUGUAUAGUUGUUAUUGCUUUAUUUUAAUAGUAAAGGAAGUACGGAACAUGUGAGAAAUUACCAGUAUAGUAUAAUGUGACUAAUAUUGAUUAUAACUUAUUGUUCACCUGA